GAAAAGAAAGAAAUGCUUUUUUAAUUUCUAAAAGUGUGACAUAAAAAACAUAAGGAAAAGUAAGGAUGCUCAAGUGGUGAACUGCAUGCAAUCUGUUUCCUUAUCCCUCCCAUUCAUCCAAGUCGGACAAAAACGGCGUCACCUCCACUUGCUCUUCCCUUUCUCUCCGCCGGGAGUAUAUUCCUCGUCUCCUGGUUAGUAUUAAUUAGGAUAUGGAAAAUGACGUCAAGGUCGCGGAGAAAGUGGAGGAAGCUGACCGCCUUCUUCCUCCUCCCCAGUCUCUUCCCUCUAAUUCCGACGAGGAAGAAUCCGAAUCCGAAUCAGAGGCCGCGUUCGAAUCUCGUGACAAGAUCGUGAUCGUCGAUUUCGAAUCAGCCGGCGAUCCCGCCGCAGCACCUCCUUUCUCGUGGCGGAAACUGUGGCUGUUCACCGGCCCUGGCUUCCUGAUGAGCAUAGCCUUCUUAGAUCCAGGGAAUCUAGAAGGAGAUCUACAAGCUGGUGCCAUCGCUGGCUACUCUCUCCUAUGGCUCCUAAUGUGGGCCACCGCUAUGGGGUUACUGAUUCAGAUGCUCUCCGCUAGAGUCGGUGUCGCCACCGGUCGACAUCUGGCUGAGCUCUGCCGCGACGAGUAUCCGGCUUGGGCGAGGUAUGUGCUUUGGUCUAUGGCUGAGCUCGCUCUGGUCGGAGCUGAUAUUCAAGAGGUCAUCGGUAGUGCAAUAGCGAUUCAGAUUCUUAGCCGUGGCGUCUUGCCUCUCUGGGCCGGUGUUGUCAUUACGGCGUCGGAUUGUUUUUUAUUUUUGUUUCUAGAGAAUUAUGGUGUGAGGAAGUUAGAAGCUGUUUUUGCAGUUUUGAUUGCAACUAUGGGUUUGUCUUUUGCUUGGAUGUUUGGUGAAACCAAGCCAAGUGGAAAAGAACUUAUGAUAGGUAUUUUACUUCCAAGACUUAGCUCAAAGACGAUUAGACAAGCUGUAGGUGUUGUUGGCUGUGUCAUAAUGCCUCACAACGUGUUCUUGCAUUCGGCUCUUGUACAGUCGAGGCAAAUAGACCCGAAGAGGAAAUCACGGGUCCAAGAGGCGCUAAAUUACUAUUUGAUCGACUCAUCUCUCGCGCUCUUCAUCUCUUUCAUGAUCAACUUGUUUGUGACUACUGUCUUUGCAAAAGGGUUUUACGGAACCGAGAAAGCUAAUAACAUUGGCUUAGUUAAUGCUGGUCAGUAUCUUCAAGAGAAGUUUGGAGGUGGGCUUCUUCCGAUUCUCUAUAUCUGGGGAAUAGGGCUGUUAGCAGCCGGACAAAGCAGUACGAUAACCGGUACAUAUGCUGGACAGUUUAUAAUGGGAGGGUUUCUGAACCUUCGGCUUAAGAAAUGGAUGAGGGCAGUGAUAACAAGAAGCUGUGCUAUUGUGCCGACCAUGAUUGUAGCAAUCGUGUUCAACACUUCUGAAGCUUCCUUGGAUGUUUUGAAUGAAUGGCUCAAUGUGCUUCAGUCUGUACAGAUUCCUUUUGCUCUUCUCCCUCUUCUAACUUUGGUAUCUAAAGAAGAAGUUAUGGGAGACUUCAAGAUUGGACCUAUUCUCCAGAGAAUAGCUUGGACUGUGGCUGCACUUGUAAUGAUCAUCAAUGGGUACCUUCUGUUGGAUUUCUUUGUAUCAGAAGUGAACGGGUUUAUGUUUGGAGUUACGGUCUGCGUCUGGACAACCGCUUAUGUUGCCUUUAUAGUCUACCUCAUUUCACACAGCAACUUUAUUCCUUCUCCUUGGUCUUCUUCCUCUUCCAUAGAACUUCCCAAAAGAGUGACAGUUUCCAAUAGCUAGCUGCACAAAAAUAACUGCCCUUCAGGCCGCAUAUGUUACAACGUUAUAUACAAACCCAAAUCCAGGCACUAACAACUUCCAACACAAGGCUUCAAGUCUCUGAUGGUAACAUCCUCAAAGAAAGCAAGAGGCAGUUCAGGUGAAACAGGCAUGGUUGCAACACACUUGAACUGUAGAACGCAAGAGAAUCAGAUAUUAGCCAUAUAGAAAUGUCGUUGUUAAGUCUAUGUUAUAUCAAUCUAAUGAUGAUUUUUUUUUACCUUAUGUUGCUUGUAUUUAUUUCUAACAGCUUCAAGAACGUUCCCUCUUCUGCUUAGAUACAAGUCAUGAAUGAUACCCACACAUUGUUGCAGAUCAGACGCUUUGUAUUUUGUGUACUCUUCUAACAUUUGAUUCUGUUUA